AUGUCGACUGCAGUUUGUACACGUUUGAAUGAAAUUCAUAUUGAAACAAUAAUAAAUGAUCAUGAUACAUUCUUAUUUGAUUGUGAUGGUGUUCUUUGGUGUUCACCUACAGUUCUUCCAGGUGCUAUUGAAUUACUUAAUUAUUUAACAACAUUAGGUAAACGUGUACUUUUUGUAACGAAUAAUUCGUUAAAAACUCAAAAAGGAUUUGCUCAAUGGCUUAAUGAAAUUGGAUAUCAGGCUAAACCUGAACAAGUUAUUUGUACGGCAUGGAUUACUGCUCAAUAUCUCAAAUCAAUUAAUUUUAAAGGACAUUGUUAUUGUAUUGGAAUGCAAUCAAUGGUAGAAGAAUUAGGACGUGAAGGUUUCCAUAUAUCUGAUGGUGUUGGUCCUGAUCCUAUUUCACCUGAAACAGAUUGGAUUGAAACAAGUACAAUUAAAUUUGAUGAUCAUAUAAAUUGUGUUAUAUCAGCAUUUGAUAUACAUAUUAAUUAUCUUAAAAUAGUCAAAGCAGCUACUUAUCUUAGUCGACCUGAUGUUCUAUUCUUAGCUACUAAUGAUGAUGUCACUACUCCACAAAAUGAUAUAGCUGUUUUACCUGGUGAAGGAACUAUUUUAGCUUCAAUUGUAGCAGCAUCAGGUCGUUCUCCUACAAUAUUAGGUAAGCCUCGAGCUCCAAUGUUUGAUUCAAUUCGUUUAGCUUUUCCUGAUGUCAAAUCUACGCGAACUCUUAUGGUCGGCGAUAGAUUAGAAACAGAUAUAUUAUUUGGUAAUCGUCAAGGAUUAACAACAUUACUUGUAUUUAGUGGAGCAACAAGUGAAAAAAAGCUUGAUACUGUCAAACAAGCAGUUGACAAAAAUACAGCUGAAAAGGAACUUUUACCGAAAUUUUGUAUAAAAGAUGUUAAUCAUUUAUUACAACUUUUAUUAUCUCGUCAAAAAAUCUUAUCAAAAUAA